CCACGAGGCACGCACUUCCCUCCUCGGAGGCCAGCCGCUCGACCACAACUACAACUACCCUCCGCAGCCCCAGCCCUACCAGCCCCAGCCCUACCAGCCCCAGCCAGGCGGCUACCACCACCGCGAGGGCUUCCCCACAGAACUGCCGCCCGUCGCGAGAAGGAAGCGCAGAAUGUACAUCCCCAACACCAGGUGGACCUGGGCCUUCCUGUUGACCGCCGUCACCCAGGCCGUCAUCGCCCUUGUCCUCGAAGCUUAUGUCUUCGCCCGCUUCCAGAAUGCCCUGAAGGACAACGUCAACGACCACAACGAGUCGCGCACAAUCCCCACUUAUCUUGCCGUCUUCAUGUUUGGCUACAUUUACCAGAUUGCCCUCGUCUACGAUGCCCUCGCCCAGAAGAACACCAUUCAGGUCAUUGGCCUGGUCAUAUAUAACCUCGGCAUCCUCAUCUACGCCGCAAUCCAGUUCGACCAGAUUGACGAGGCCAUCACUGCGCUCAAGGCACUCCAAGGGCUCGACGAUCCGUUUGUGUGGACCGAGAUCCGCGCCGAACUCAUCGCCCUCCCCAUCUUGAUGGCGGUAGCCACCGUCGUCUUUGCUUUUAUUGCUUGGAAGCUGUAUGAUGAGUUUGCCUGGACCAUCUACAAGCACAUCUCCGCAGACUUGCGCAUGAAGAGGCGCUAUCUCACCUUCCAGAUUUAUAUCGCGCUAUUGAAGUUCGAUUUCUUCUUUUUCCUUGCAUUCACGGUCCAGUUCCUCGUCGUCGUCGAAAACACCUCCAAGGUAGAACUCGCGCUCACGGCGGCAGCACUAGCCAUCACCUUCAUCCUGCUGUUCCUGGCCGCAUGGUGGGUUCGCCGUGAGUCCGUGGCCGGCAUGAUUGCCGUCAUCGUCAUCUACUUUAUUGCCCUGGGUUACUUCCUGUUCAAGCUGGUUCGCAUGUACGCCGCCGAUGCGGCGCGUCUCGAUGAUUACAAGCCUGCGCGAAAAUCGCUCACAAGUUUCGCCGUCCUGACCAUCUUGCUCCUCAUUAUCACCAUUGUCACGGCUUGCAUUUGCACACACAAUUUCAACAAGGGGCUAAAGCCGUUUGUCAACGAGAAGAGCGUCGGCAGGGGAAGCGAAGGCAAAGGCUACGCAAACGAAAUGCCGAGCUUGAGUGGCCCAGCUCCCGCGCAGCGGAUGGAGAUCGACUGAUUGCGUUUGGCAAUG